AUGGCGUUAACUACGGGAAUGGCUUCAGCCACAUCGUACCUGCACCGUCGGACUGAGCGGGUCAAGGAACAUAUCAAGCAGAAGAGGUCGCCCUCUGGUUGGGUGCUACCAAAGCAGACGACAACCUUCACCGAUGAAGGCACCUGGUCUAACAUCGACUCCGACGUGACUCCUAUUGAGCGACGCAUCUGGUCAACGUGGACCGUCCUGGGUUUCUGGUUCAGCGAUGCCCUCAACGCUCAGGGUUGGGAGGGUGCUGCCUCUAUUAUCGCCGUGGGGCUCACAUGGAGGGAAGCGCUCUACUGUCUCAUCAUCGGCUAUUCCAUGGUCAUUAUUCCCCUUGUGCUCAACGGAGCGAUCGGCGCCCAUCUCCAUGUCAAUUUCGCUGUGGCUUCGCGUGCUUCCUUUGGGUUCUACCUCUCACGAGUAGCAGUCGUCAUUCGUAUGAUCACUGCGCUGUUUUGGCAUGCUAUCCAAACAUACACUGGAUCAACAGCGAUGACGCAAAUCAUUCGUGCUAUCUGGCCCUCCUAUAUGAAUACUCCGAACACGAUUCCUGCCUCAGUGGGUAUCACGUCUCAGCAAAUGUGCUCUCACGUUCUGUUUUGGAGUCUCCAAUUUCCGUUUCUGCUUAUCCCGCCCCACAAACUCCGCUGGUUUUUCGUGUUCAAGGCGAUCAUUGUUAUGGUCACUUCGGUCGCGGUGGUUAUCGCCCUGUGCAUCCAGGCUGGCGGUGCCGGUGACAUUUGGAAACAGCAAGCUACCGUUACAGGGUCAACCAAAAACUGGUUGAUUCUCUCGUCCAUGUCGAGCAUUACCGGGUCAUGGAUUACGAUGGGAACUAAUAUUCCCGACUUUACUCGUUACCUGAAAAAAUCAAAGGGAGUGUAUUGGCAAGCGCUCUUUAUGCCUUUCAUCGCAUCCUUGAUUGGCAUAUUUGGGAUCAUUGCAGCCAGUGCUGGCAAGGUUCUAUAUGGUAGUUAUAUCUGGGACCCUGUCGAACUAUCUGCGAAUUGGGAUGGGCCAAGUGGUCGUUGUGGCGCCUUUUUCGUUGGUCUCUGUUGGGUUGUGGCACAGAUCGGAACGAAUAUUUCGGCCAAUGUCAUCUCCUGCUCGAAUGACAUGACAACCCUUUUCCCUAAAUAUGUUAACAUUCGCCGUGGCGCCAUCAUCACAACUAUCAUCGGAGGCUGGGUCAUGGUUCCCUGGAAGAUCAUCUCCUCGGCUGCUUCUCUGUUGACAUUCAUGUCCUCAUUGGCCAUCUUCCUGGCGCCGAUCUGCGCCAUUAUCGGAGCCGAUUUCUGGGUUGUCAAGAGGCGACACAUUGACAUUCCAUCGCUGUAUAGGCGUCAUGGUAUCUAUAGGUAUGAGGCCGGAUUCAAUUGGCGCGCAGCUGUUGCGUUUCUUAUUUCCAUUGCUCCCAAUCUUCCUGGCAUGGUGCACGCCGUGACACCAAGCCUUUCCGUGGGCACGAUCGAUCACAUCUAUGACAUUAGCUUUAUGUGGGGAUUCAGCAGUGGAUUUAUCAUCUACUGCGUGCUGAGCUAUUUUUGGCCAGCGACCGAGACGCUCGUCGGGUCCACCAUCUACGACGAAACUCAAAUCGUGGACGGCGUCCUGGUUUACAACAAUGGGUUGGCAACACCGCCAGACGAGAAGUUUCGGUCGAAAUCCAUCUCGGAAGAGACUGCAGAGACUAGUUCUGUUUAG